GGCCGCCCGGAGGAGGCGACUGCGCCAUGGACGAGCCGCCCUUCAGCGAAGCGGCCUUGGAGCAGGCGCUGGCCGAGCCGUGCGAGCUGGACGCGGCCCUGCUGACCGACAUCGAAGACAUGCUGCAGCUCAUCAACAACCAAGACAGCGACUUCCCGGGCCUGUUUGACCCACCCUAUGCCGGCGGCGGCGGCGGGGCAGGGGGCACAGACCCUGCGAGUCCUGAUGCCAGCUCCCCGGGCAGCUUGUCCCCACCUCAUGCCACAAUGAGCUCCCCACUCGAAGGCUUCCUGGGGGCACCCAAGGCGACACCUCCACCCUUGUCCCCUCCCCAGCCUGCGCCCACCUCCCUGAAGAUGUACCCCCCUGGGCCGGCCUUCUCCCCCGGGCCUGGUAUCAAGGAGGAACCCCUGCCGCUGACCAUCCUGCGGGCCCCGACCUCGCAGCCCCUGCCGGGGUCCCUCCUGCCCCAGAGCUUCCUGGCCCCGGCCCCGCCACAGUUCAGCUCUGCCCCUGUGUUGGGCUACCCCAGCCCCACGGGAGGCUUCUCCACAGGGACCCCUCCAGGGAGCACCCCGCAGCCGCUGCCUGGCCUGCCACUGGCUUCCCUGCCAGGGGUCCCGCCCGUCUCCUUGCACACCCAGGUCCAGAGCGCGGCCCCCCAGCAGCUGUUGACGGCCACGGCCAACCCCACAGCAGCGCCCGGAACAACCACGGUGACCUCGCAGAUCCAGCAGGUCCCGGUCCUGCUGCAGCCCCACUUCAUCAAGGCAGACUCUCUGCUCCUGACAACCAUGAAAACAGACAUGGCAGCCACCGUGAAGGCGGCGGGUAUCGGCUCGCUGGCCCCUGGCGCAGCCGUACAGACGGCGCCCUUGCAGACCCUGGUGAGUGGAGGAACCAUCCUGGCGACGGUGCCGCUGGUCGUGGACGCCGAGAAGCUGCCCAUCAACCGGCUGGCAGCUGGUGGCAAGGCCCUGGGCUCGGCGCAGAGCCGCGGGGAGAAGCGCACGGCCCACAACGCCAUUGAAAAACGCUACCGUUCCUCCAUCAACGACAAAAUCGUCGAGCUCAAGGACCUGGUGGUGGGCACUGAGGCGAAGCUGAAUAAGUCUGCCGUCUUGCGAAAGGCCAUCGAUUACAUCCGCUUCCUACAACAGAGCAACCAGAAGCUCAAGCAGGAGAACCUGAGUCUCCGCACUGCUGCCCACAAAAGCAAGUCUCUGAAGGACCUGGUCUCAGCCUGCGGCAGCGGAGGGAACACAGACGUGCCCAUGGAGGGCAUGAAGCCUGAGCUGGUGGACACGCUGAGCCCGCCCCCGUCGGACGCCGGUUCGCCGUCCCAGAGCAGCCCCUUGUCCCUUGGAGGCAGGGCUAGCGGUGGCAGCGGCAGUGACUCGGAGCCCGACAGCCCGGUCUUUGAGGACAGCCAGGUGAAGCCCGAGCAGCUGCUGUCCCCCCGCAGCCGGGGCAUGCUGGACCGCUCCCGCCUGGUCCUGUGCACGCUCGUCUUCCUCUGCCUCUCCUGCAACCCGUUGGCCGCCCUGCUGGGCAGCCGGGCCCUCCCCAGCCCCUCGGAUGCCGGCAGCACCUACCACCAUCCUGGCCGCAGCGUGCUGGGCACCGAGGGCAGAGACGGCCCUGGCUGGGCCCCGUGGCUGCUGACCCCACUGGUGUGGCUGCCCAACGGGCUGCUGGUGCUGGCCUGCUUGGCGCUUCUUUUUGUCUACGGAGAGCCGGUCACGCGGCCCCACUCAGGCCCCGCCGUGCACUUCUGGAGACAUCGCAAGCAGGCUGACCUGGACCUGGCCCGGGGGGACUUUGCCCAAGCUGCCCAGCAGCUGUGGCUGGCCCUGCGGGCCCUGGGCCGCCCGCUGCCCACCUCCCACCUGGACCUGGCCUGCAGCCUGCUCUGGAACCUCAUCCGCCACCUGCUGCAGCGUCUCUGGGUGGGCCGCUGGCUGGCAGGCCGGGCAGGGGGCCUGCAGAGGGACUGCACCCUGCGGGCGGACGCCCGCACCAGCGCCCGGGAUGCCGCGUUCGUCUACCACAAGCUGCACCAGCUGCACACCAUGGGUAUGCGGGGCGAGGGGCCGGGCCCGAGGGGCUCCCGCCGCCCCCCUGCCUCACGUCCUGCCCGUUUUCCAGGGAAGUACACGGGAGGGCACCUUGCCGCUGCCAAUCUGGCACUGAGCGCCCUGAACCUGGCAGAAUGUGCGGGGGACGCCGUGUCCGUGGCCACGCUGGCCGAGAUCUAUGUGGCCGCCGCGCUGAGGGUCAAGACCAGUCUCCCGCGGGCCUUGCAUUUUCUGACACGCUUCUUCCUGAGUAGCGCCCGCCAGGCCUGCCUGGCACACAGCGGCUCGGUGCCUCUUGCCAUGCACUGGCUGUGCCACCCGGUGGGCCACCGUUUCUUCGUGGAUGGGGACUGGGCCGUGAGCAGCGCCCCGAGGGAAAGCCUGUACAGUUUGGCCGGCAACCCAGUGGACCCCUUGGCCCAGGUGACUCAGCUAUUCCGCGAACAUCUCUUGGAGCGAGCACUGAAUUGUGUGGCUCAGCCCAGUCCCAGCCCUGGAUCGGCUGAUGGGGACAGGGAGUUCUCGGACGCCCUGGGGUACCUGCAGCUGCUCAACAGCUGUUCCGAUGCCGCCGGGGCUCCCGCCUGCAGCUUCUCCAUCAGCUCCAGCAUGGCCACCGCCGCCGGCACAGACCCCGUGGCCAAGUGGUGGGCCUCCCUGACGGCCGUGGUGACCCACUGGCUGCGGCGUGACGAGGAGGCGGCUGAGCGGCUGUACCCGCUGGUGGAGCACUUGCCCCGUGCCCUGCAGGAGUCGGAGAGACCCCUGCCCAGGGCGGCCCUGCACUCCUUCAAGGCUGCCCGGGCCGUGCUGGGCCGCGGGAAGGCAGAGUCUGGCCCGGCCAGCCUGGCCAUCUGUGAGAAGGCCAGUGGGUACCUGCAGGACAGCCUGGCCACCACCCCAGCUGGCAGCUCCAUCGACAAGGCCAUGCAGCUGCUCCUGUGUGACUUGCUCCUGGUGGCGCGAACUAGCCUGUGGCGGCGGCAGCAGCUGCCUGCAGCCCCCCAGGCCUCGCUGGGCCCCGGCGCUGGGGCCCAGGCCUCCGCCCUCGAACUGCGCGGCUUCCAGCGGGACCUGAGCGGCCUGAGGCGGCUGGCGCAGAGCUUCCGGCCCGCCAUGCGGAGGGUGUUCCUGCACGAGGCCACGGCCCGGCUGAUGGCGGGGGCCAGCCCCACGCGGACACACCAGCUCCUGGACCGCAGUCUGCGGAGGAGGGCAGGCCCCUGUGGCAAAGGUGAGCGGGGGCGCUGCCGUGGUCGGGGCGGGCUCGGGCCCCGCCGGGGCGGGAAGGCCCAGACGGGGGGUGAUGGAUGCCGAGCGCCGCUGUGGAAGGGGCAGAGACCGAGGGACUUCGUGGCGGUUGCCAGAGGGCGAUAUCCCACCUGAGAAAUCCGCCCGGGGCCACUGUCCCCUGCAGGGAAAGGAGACUGUGCGGAGGGGAGGGGUCUGAGGCUCCACG